AUGGAGUUGAUCAGUGACUCUCGUCACGGGCCGCGCGGGCCCCCCAUGGAGCUGCUAUGGUGGCUGGGUUGCGGCGUGCUGGCCGCGCUGCUGGUGGCGCUAGUGUGUCGCUGCUGCUGCCGCAACAAGUCCCGCGGCCGCGUCAUCGCGCCGCCGCCGUGCGAGGGCGCGGGCGCGCCAUACCCGCAGCAACAGUACGCGGGCGCGGUGUACCCGCCGCACGACGUGCGCCACACAGCGCCGACAGUGACCGUGUACCCGGUGACGGGGGCAUACCCUGCGGCCACACCCUACCCGCCGGCCGCGCCCUACCCCACGACUGCGCCCUACCCGACAGGGGCGCCCUACCCCACAGGGGCACCGUACCCCACAGGGGCUCCCUACCCCACGACGGCUCCUUACCCGACGGCAGCGGCACCCGCACCAGCCCCUUUUGCAUCACCAGCGCCCACGGCACCUGAUGUCACAGACUGA